GCAGACAAGCAGCACCACCCCAUCACCACCUUCCCAUCAUGUCCGUCACCCCCGCGCUCGUCCGCCACGACUCGGGCUUCGACGUCGCGCUGCUGGAGCUGGCGCACAGCCGCCACACCAUCUACGAGCACUCGCGCAUGUCGGGCGAGAACCGCACGGCGCACCGCAUGCUGCCCGUGGACCGCCGCGAGAGCUGCAGCGACGACCUCGAGGCGCUGUACGCGCGCAACAUGGCCAAGCACUUCGGCGAGGCGCCGCGCUACUCGCGCACGCACAGUAUGCCGGUGUCGCGGCACGAGAGGCUGCUGGACGAGGCGCUGCUGCAGGUGGCGCACAGCCAGCGCUCCAUCUACGACAGGACGCGCAUCUCAGGCGAGAACCGCAGCGCGCACCGCAUGCUGCCCACGGACCACAAGGCUGAGCGCGCCGACCGCUGCACGGAUGCCACGGACGCGUCCUACGCGAACGCCAUGGCCAACUACUUUGUGACCAAGAGCGCCAGCAGGCUGUGAGCCGAGAGCGAGAGAGAGAGAGCGAUACUCCAUCAUAGUAUCACGAGGCCCGGAACGUAUUUAAUCGCUGUAGGGCGAGCAGAAACAAACAAAAUAACCA